CUCGCCUGCCCUGGUCCUUGUCGCGCCCCGGCUCCCCUUCCGAGCUACCACAGUUGGGGCGAAACCGAAAUUCGCAGGCUAGGGUUUGCUCCGCGUCGUGUCCACAGUUCGCCGCCACUGACGCCGGGAUGCAGAGGUACGGGCUGCAGCUCCGCAAAAAGCCGGCGACCUCCUCGUCGUCUCGACCGCCACCUCCGGCGCGCCCCCUGGCGGCCUUCGCCGACGACAGCGAUGACGAUGUGGAGGCCGACAUCCUCCGACAGUCAUCGAAGAAACGCGCCCUCGAGAAGGUGGAGGAACUGCAGAAGAAAGCGAUGGAGGAGGAUCCCUCGGUGUUUGCCUAUGAUGAGGUGUACGAUGAUAUGAAGGAGAAGGCCGCUCGGCCCAAGAUACAGGCCAAGGUUGUUCGCGAGUCAAAGUACAUUGAAGCACUUAAGGAGAAAGCAGAACAACGAAAACGAGAACAGGACAUAGUGUAUGAGAGGAAGCUUCAUAAAGAGAGGAGCAAGGAAGAUCACCUGUUUGCUGACAAGGACAAGUUUGUAACAUCUGCCUACAGGAAGAAACUUGAAGAGGAGAAGAAAUGGCUAGAGGAAGAAAGACGACGGCAGCUUCAAGAAGAAAGGGAUGAUGUAACUAAAAAGAAAGACUUGAGUGAUUUUUACUUUGGGCUUGCUAAGAAUGUUGCUUUCGGUGCACGGACACAUGAGGGUACAGAAACUACAGAACCUGAAAAGUUGGAAAAUAAAGUAGAAGAUAUUCAAGGUAGCAAGUCUGACGCCGAAGGAUCCAGUCGUUCUCCUAAGCGCAGGAGGGAAUCCAGUGUAGGAUCAGAGAAGGCUCAUGGAAGUAGCAGUGUGGUAGAACCUUCAACUACUGGAUCAAAAGAUUCAACAGCUGUUAGAUCUACUGAGAAAGAGGCAGAUAUUUCUACAUCUGCUUCACAGGCUCUCCAGAAUACUCAACCAGCACCAAUCACCGACGAGCACUACAAGAGGAGUAACGACGCACUUGCCGCUGCUAGAGAACGAGCACUGGCUCGUAAGAGAGCGAAGGAGCAGCAAAUAUGAAGAUGCAUAUAUAAUCUCAACAUGCAAAAGCUUAAGGCUGUGUAAUACUCCCUCCGUUCCUCAAUAUAAGGUGUAUUAUUUUUCCAAAAAGUCAAUCUUCUCUAGGUUUGACCAAGUUUAUAGACAAAAAUAUCAAUAUCUAGAAUACCAAAUCAUUAUCACUAGAUUCAUCAUGAACUAUAUUUUUACAUUUUAUAUAUUUAGUAUUAUAAACCUUUAUAUAUUUUGCUGUAAAGUUGGUCAAACAUAGACAACCGUUGACUUUUUGGAAAAUUAAUACACCUUAUAUUUAGGAACGGAGGGAGUACUUGACAUUUGUUUUCAACUUGCAACAUUUUCAGUGGAUAAUUCAGUGGAUGAUGCACACAUCUCUCUUGCAUGAAUAUAUUCAUUUGGUUGCUGUAUGAUGGUUCAGCUUCUAUGGUCAAAAUAUCUGUAUAUCCACAUAUGACAAGCAAGCAUACUUAUCAGAAUGGCCAUUCUGCUAUGCAUAAUCAGGAGAGGAGAGGUUAAUGGAGCCCAUUAUAUUUACUGAAUUUUUGUGCUGCCAAAAAAAGGAGAAAUACCUUGGCACAGACAGGCUGAUGGCAAUCUGUGCCCUUUUGUGUGUUCCACUGUAAUCUGUAACUAUGUAAUGAUUCAAGCUGGUAGUUAUUUACUGGUCGUUGUUGAAUCAAAGAUAUUGAGAUGAUGUAUGCCUUUCUCAAAUAAAAAAGAUGUAUGCAAAUUUUA